GACGAGGCUCAUCCAUGUCUUCAACAGAUGGAGACUUCAGAAGGCAUUUUACUCAAAGGAAAGUUCAGGUAAGGGAUGGCUGGAAGUACUCCGCGAACUCUUAAGUCCUUUCGGGACAUAUCUGGAGAGACAACGGAAAACAUGGUUCCGCUAUAGAGAUCAGAGAGACACCUUUCAUGCUUUGCCCAACGGUAUUGAGCCAGCUCAAAAAAGAUCUUUGACCCUGGCAGAUCUCGAAGGCAUGGAGCCUGAAUAUAUAUCAAACAUGACUCUCCACAACUGGAAGGAAGAUGCCAAUUCUGAUACGGAUGAUGACGUCUUAACAAUGUCACCUACCACGAUAGAGCGUUUAGAUCGAGAUCCAUGUGCUGACAAUGCAUUUGAGGGUAAACUGAGCCCUGGAGAUAUAGAGUUAUCAGACGCCAUGGCGACCUCUGCAGCAGCGAUUUCCGGGUACGGAAAUAACCCCCAAGUAUUGCGCCUUUCCACGAUUCUUGGACUCGAAAUGGGAGCCUCAAGAAUCAGUAACCUCAAGGCAAUUAAAGAAGAGUCAUGGUUCAUGAAGCUUCUCCCAAUUCUCAUCAAUAUUCUCCGUGGUCUUCCAUUGACCGCCGUACCAGCGGUUUACUGUAAUGAAGGGGAUGAGGAGUCAAUUAAAGCUGGAGUAUUCACAUUCUUUGCAAUUCACCUGGUGUUGGCUUUCAUUGGAGCUCUCGCUGACACAGGAGUUCAGGACCCAAGCUCAUGGGAUAAGAUAGCGAGGUGGUUCGUUGUGCAUGUGUCCUUUGUAAAGUACGCUAAAGAUAGCCUUUCCAUUGGCAACAUCGGACCCAUACCUCCUCCCGUGAUGCUACUCAGUGAUGGAGGCUACGUGGAAAAUCUUGGUAUUCUACCAUUGUUAAAGAAGAAACUCAAGAAAAUUAUUGUGGUGGAUGGUGGUUACUAUCCUAAUGAGAAGGAGUCUGGAGAAAGUCUACUGAAAGCACUCAUGCUCGCUCGCAGAGAGCUGAACUGUUCCUUUAUUGGCCAGGGUGGUCGUGACGUCAUUUCAGACCUGUUGGAGAACUUCGUGAAGCUUCAACCAGAAGAAAGAAAGAAGAAAGAAGAGAAAAAGCCGCGACAUUUCAAAUUUAAAGUCGAAUAUUACGAAAACAGCCACAAAGUUGGUGAAGGUGAAAUUUUAUUGAUUCGGCAAAGAGAUCCACGAAAAGGUGAAAACAGCGAGGUCAAAACCUGGGAAGAGCUUGGUCUCCAUCUCGAGAAACGUUACUGGGGGAAUAGCCCAUAUCUGAAAGAAGAGGACGUCGACAAGUUGACCUUCUAAUUUUUUGUGCAUGUUGUAACAAAAAGUCCUGCCUGAGCGGUUUGUCUGAGUUCCUGUGCCACAAGUUCCCGAAUCACUCCGCAGCCAAUCAAUUCUUCACACCUUUAAUGUUCUCUGCUUAUCCUCGUGAAGGCUUCCGAGCACGCGUGGAAGCGGAAGCUGCUGACUUUCUCAAAGAUAACCACGAUGUCCUUGAAGUGUAAUUGUGACUCAACUGAUAGUCUGUGUGUAUGUAGCUAGCCCUUUCACUCCCGAGAUUUCAUUAGUAAUUCUCCUAACUGUCUGCCAGACAGUUCUCAUGAUGUUAUUUCGGAGAAUUUGGUAUCAGAUCAAUUUAUUAUCCCUGAUUGACAUUUUUUCUUUAUUCAAAGGACUGAUUGCAACCGAGAAUGAACUAAGUAAAGUGCUGUAACCAUGGUCACCAAAUACAUUGAAUAAGCUUAAUCAGUUGUAGUAUCUCUCGCUUUAUUAAAAUAAUCAUUCAUCAAUUUA